AGAGCGGAGGCCAAAACAGGGCUCUGAGCCCGGCCCCAUGAGGACGCUAUUGACCAUCCUGGCGGCGGGAUCCCUGGCCGCUCACCUUGCGGAGGACACCUCGGACCUUCUUCAACACGUCAAAUUCCAGUCCAGCAACUUCGAAAACAUCGUGACGUGGGACAGCAGCCCGGAGAGCGCCCCAGACACGGUCUACAGUGUUGAGUAUAAGAAGUACGGAGAGAGAGAGUGGUUGGCAAAGGAGGGCUGCCAGCGGAUCACCCGGAAAUCCUGCAACCUGACCGUGGAGACGGGCAACCUCAUGGAGCUCUACUAUGCCCGCGUAACUGCCGUCGGUGCUGGAGGCCGGUCAGCCACCAAGAUGACCGACCGGUUCAGCUCCCUGCAUCACACUACCAUCAAACCGCCCAAUGUGACCUGUAUCCCCAAGGUGAGAUCCAUCCAGAUGAUUGUCCAUCCCACCUCCACACCUAUCCACACAGGAGAUGGCCACCAGCUUACCCUGGAGGACAUCUUCCAUGACCUAUCCUACCACUUAGAGCUUCAGGUCAACCACACCUACCUAAUGCACCUCGGAGGCAAGCAGAGAGAAUACGAGUUCAUUGGCCUGACCCCUGACACGGAGUUCCUUGGGACCAUCAGGAUUUUCGUGCCAACCUUGCUCAAAGAGAGCGCCCCCUACGUGUGUCAAGUGAAGACCCUGCCGGAUCGGACGUGGACGUACUCCUUCUCGGGCGCCUUCCUGUUCUCCAUGGGCUUCGUCGUCGCAGGGCUCUGCUACCUGAGCUACAGAUAUGUCUCCAAGCCGCCUCCGCCUCCCAACUCCCUGAACGUCCAGCGAGUCCUGACCUUCCAGCCUUUGCGGUUCAUCCAGGAGCACGUGCUGAUCCCGGUCUUUGACCUGAGCAGCCCCAGCAGCCUGGCCCAGCCUGUCCAGUACUCUCAAGUCAAGGUCUCUGGGCCCAGGGAGCCCCCGGGAGCCCCACCGCUGCGCAGCCUGUCUGAGCUCACCUACCUCGGGCAGCCGGACGUCUCCAUCCUCCGGCCCUCCGGACUGCCGCCUCACCAGACGCUCUCCUCACUGUCCUCUGCGCCCCAGGCUGCCCCGGAAGUUAGGCCCCCAUCCUACGCACCUCAAGUGACCCCCGAAGUUAAGCCUCCAUCAUACAUGGCACAGACCAUCUCUGAGGUCCAGCUGCCCUCCUACACUCCUCAGACCACUCCAGACAGCUGGACUUCUUCCUAUGGGAUGUGUGUAGAAGGUUCUGGCAAAGACUCCCCACCUGUGACACUCUCUAGCCCCAAACACCUCAGGUCUAAAGGUCAGCUCCAGAAAGAGGCACCAGCUGGAAAGUAUAUCCCAGAUGGCCUUUCUCUGCAAGGGGUGACCUCCUUGGAUAUGAAGGACCCCCACGAAGCAAAUCCCUCCCACCAGCAUCUGGGGGUUCACCCGGACAGAGUAUCUGACCCUCGUGUGCUACGCAGAGGAGAGCCAGGGACACCAUCGUACCUGAAGGGCCAGCUCCCCCUCCUCGCUUCUGUCCAGAUCGAGGGCCACCCUGUAUCCUUCCCUUUGGACACUCCUUCUCCCCCAUGUUCCCCCACAGACCAGGAACCAAGUCCCUGGGGCCUGCUGGAGUCCUUCUUGUGUCCCAAGGACGAGGAUCCUGUAUAUGAGACUGAGGCCCAGAGCGCAGCCCUUCAGGCAUCAGACCUGAAACAGCCCACAGAACUGGACUCUCUCUUCAGAGGCCUGGGCCUGACCGUGCAGUGGGAGGCCUGAGCCGAGAGCUGGACGGGCCUGGGGCUUCCUCCCUGUCCCCACACAACCUCACACCACCGGCCCGCACCCCCACCCUAACAGUGUUUCGGCCUCUGUGCCGCCCGGCCACAGGUGAGUGCCCUUAAAAGGACCAAAGGAAAGAGGGACACAGGGCUGCUGCCAUGGUGAGCUGCAUUUGGAGCAAAAAGGCACAGUAAAGACUGCAGCCCAGGAGAUCUGCACGUGCAUCGUGUGCAAAUGAGCGCGCACAAGCGGAGCUCUGUGGGGCCGAAAGAGUGUGGGAGCUAAUGCGGGGAGGCUUCACGGAGACCCAGCGCCCCAGCUCCUAAGAUGCUGGACAUGAGGUUCUCCAGCCCAUUCCUGGCCAAAUCCGUAAACUCGUUGGACAGAGAGUGAGGUCUCUGCUUCCUCUGUGGCACCCCUCACCCAAGAAACAGAGCCCAGAGCCCAGGAGGGACCCUCAUAGCAGGUUGGGCUGAGCCAAGACAGCCUACAAGGGAGGGGUGCGGCCCCGGGGCCUGAGAUCAGGCCAUCUCCACUUCAUUCCCCUGCUGGGGGCUUUCCCCGCUUGGAACGCAGGUCCCCCAGGGAGGGAGGACACACGGGGCCUUUCCUGCUGACAGACGUUUCAGAUCCUGUUUUGAGAGCAGGGUUUGUAAGGAACAUGGGGUCAUGUGGCCCCUGAAACAGACACAACAACAAAGUGCACCCACUUCACAGCUUUGGAAACUUAGCUCAUCUGAGUUCAAGUCCCGGCCUCAUCAAUUACCAGCUGUAUGACUUCAAGUAAAUGCAUCACUCCUCAAAACCUCAGGUUCUUCGUCUGCAGAGGGGAGAUAAUAACACCUGCUUCAUGGGCAUCGGGCAUGUGAAGAGCACGAAAUUAAUUCAGGAACUGUCUGUAAAGUA